AUGGAAGAAGAAAAACCGGAGGAGCCGGAGGAAGAUGAGGAAGUUACAGUAGGAAAAAAUAUCAUCCACAACAAUUUCCAGAACGUAGAUUUUCUGAGCAACUUUCACUUUCUGCUUGGUCAUAGUCGUCACCCCGUCUACCAACUGCGUGAGCACCAUUGGCCGUGUGGAGUGAAGAGUGCCUUGGGGGUAGGAACAUGUGCAGAUGAAAGAGGCACAAAUAAAAGAUGUCUAGAUGAAGGAGACACCGCCUCGAGCGAAGCGGGCCUAACACAGGCAACCCGGAAAAAUGUCCAUUCGACGAAGAAGCUUAUUAUCCAUUUGGUGCCCUCAAACAAAUCAGACCUUUACAAUUUUUUGAAAAAAAAAAAGGAACAAGUACGAAACAUUUACGGAAAAGACGAAACGUACAAGUACGAAAGUCACAUAAGUUUGACUGGGUAUUUUUUUUGUGACAACAUUUUUAUUUUCACGAAGAGUCUGUACCUUUAUUUGUUUUAUUAUGUGAAGCUUUACCACUUGUCAAGGAAGCUUUCCGUGCGGGAUUUGUUCUUUUACAUUCCGUGUCGGGUUGGAGGGUUGGCGUGUGAUGACCGCCGUUCCCUGUGGGGAGAGAAGCGCUAUAGGGAGGAGGAGCAGGACAGGGCACACUCACACCAGCAGAUGGAUUGGAAAGACUAUUCGAAACCUGCCAAAUGCAACGUCCGAGAGAAGCACAUCCUGACGACGAAGGACGGGUACGUUAUUAUCCCCAUAACGUGUGAGUGGCUAAAAAAGAUUUUCGAGAAUUUUCAAUUUUUAAUAAAAAAUGACAGCUUCUCAUCGUGCAGGAAGCACAGCCAAGGUGGAAGGGACAAGUCCUCCAGAAGACACUUGCGAAAGCGUCCCGCGGGUAAGGAGGAGGAUGGUCACUUCGUUGGUGCAAAGGGUAGGAGGUACCGGGUCGAAGAAGAGCAGUCUGGGGAGCUUCCAUUAAGGAUACAUUCUCAGGGGGAGAACUUUACAGGGGUGAGAAGUCCUUGUUUAAAGGAGGAAUGUCCCACGACAUGUGAAAGUGGGGACACGCCUCUAGCGCAACAUAACGGCAAUGAACCAGUUCAAGAUUCGUGUGUAAGACCGGCCAAAGCACGGUGCAGUGUGAGCAGUGUUAGUACCUCCGCCAGCAGUGGGGACUUGGGACUGUGUAGCGAGGUCACGCAAGUGAGUGAUAACUCCCCUCCGAUGAACCCCACCGUUUGUGAAAAGAAGAACCCACCACGCAGCAACACAAUCAGCAGAAGCAGUAGAAGCAGUUGGGACAAUAAGAUAAAGUACCGGUACAACAACGCCAAGGUGCGCUUGCUCGAGUUCCGCGUAAAGAACUGCAACCAUAUUUCCCUCGCUUCGAACCGCAAGAACCAGGAAAUUCAAAACGAGAUUGCCCACAUGUAUAGAGACAUGAAAUACUACUUCUCUAACUGCACGUGGGAUAUGGUGAUGUUCGAGUGCGUGGAGGAGGGAGACAACACGCAUAUCACAAAUGGGAACGCAAGUGAAAGCUCACCACGUGGUAACCCUCACUUGAAUGAAAUUUUCCGCUUCCGCAAUUUCGCCAUCUCGUGA